AUGGCGCUACAAAUCGAAUCGCACGCGAACGACUCUCAGAUACAGCUUCACGACUUCGAGGCCAACCGCUCGAACGAGGACCUCACGUUCGCCCUCCCACGAGCAGAUGGUGGCAGACAUGCAUGGCUCGCUCUAGCAGGAGCUUUCACAUUAGAAUACGUGGUCUGGGGAUUUCCCUUCGCAUUCGGUAUAUUCCAGGAAUAUUUUCGGACGCAUGAGCCAUUCAGUCACGAACCCACUGGAAUUGCGGCCAUAUCUACCACGGCGUCCGGCAUCAUGUAUCUAUCUUCUACUCUCGUGGCAAUAGCGCUUAAGCGAUGGCCACAUAUUCGACGUCCAUCGGGAGUAAUUGGUCUGGGCGUUAUGAUCCUUGCCCUGCUUGGGGCCUCCUUUAGCAACACCACCGGAGCUUUGAUCGUCACACAAGGCGUGCUCUAUGGACUGGGCGGCAUGACCUUGUACUUCCCGUGCAUGUAUGUCGUCGAUGAGUGGUUCAUCGCACGCAAAGGUCUCGCUUUCGGCGUCGUCUGGUCAGGCACGGGAGCUGCAGGUGCUACUGUGCCAUUCUUAGCGCAAUGA